CAAAUUCUAGUGCUCAUACAUUUCCAGGAAAAGCCGCCUCCUCAAAGCAUUUUCUCUUUUCUCAGCAAUCGCUGUUUCAGAAAUCAAUCAAUAAAGAAUGGCCCAAGUAUUGAAGAGUUUUAGGGUGCCACCAAACUCAGCCAGUUUAGAAGAAGCUCGGACUCGUACCUUUGAAUUCUUCAGGACAUGCUGCAGAUCCAUUCCACAUGUGAUGGAUGUCUAUAACUUGCACGACGUCGUUACCCCAUCGCAACUCCGUUCUGCCGCCGCCGCCGAACUUCGCAAAAAUGCCACUGUCACUAACCCUAAGGUAAUUGACAUGCUGCUGUUCAAGGGCAUGGAGGAGUUGAUGAACAUUGUGAACCAAUCGAAGCAGAGGCACCACAUUGUUGGCAAAUACGUUGUAGGCAACCAAGGUCUUGUGCAGGACCUUGCAGCCAAAGAUCACGAUAAAUCCAAUUUCCUGAAAAGUUUCUAUAGCAGCAACUACUCAUAGAUCACCUUUCUAUGAACUAUGCCAUGUGGUCUUUUCUGGUGGGUAAAAUUCACAAUAAUGAUGACAUGUACUUGCAUUCUACACCUGGAUGCACAUUUGGCUGUUUUUCCCCCUUUUUUUGAUUGGAGAUGAUGCUCUGAGUCAAGAACCACCAACUGAUAAUUUCUUUUUGAUUGGGAAUAGCCACAUUACAUAAUGUUUAAUGAGCUCAAUCAAUCAUGGCUUCUGUAUCACCAAUUGACAAAUUUUAGAUUCCUAAUGUAAGAUUCAAUUGCAUUUGCUCACUA